AUGACGACAUGGUACACGGAAAUUUUUCUGCCAGAAAUAAAAAAAAAACACGAAUUAGAUAAAAAUCCUGACACGAAAAUUGUUUUAAUUAUGGACAAUGCGGCUUGUAACCCACCUGCUGAAGAGCUCAAUAAGUUAUGUAAAUCAUGUACGGUUAUGUUUUUACCUCCGAAUGUUACAUCUCUGAUCCAGCCUUUAGACCAAGGCAUCAUUGAAAAAUUCAAAAGGCGAUACCAUGCCUUUAAUUUAUGUGCCCUUGCAUGGGAUGAAGUGACAAGCAGUGAUAUUAGAAAUUGUUGGAAAAAUCUAAUCCCACUGGCUGCUGAUAAUAGUGCCGAAACAGCGCCAGUUACUUUGCCUACAAAUGAAGCCUUCUACGCUAUUAUGAAAAGAAUAAAAGAAUUCAAAAUUUGUACUCCUGCUGAAGUUGAAAACUGGCUCCAGAUUGAUUGUGAUGAUAACGGAUGGCAACCUCUCUCAGACAAUGACAUUCUGGAUGACCGGUGUAUUGCUGAGAAUCAAGAAGAAGAAGAAGAGUUUGAUGAUGAAAUCUCGUACGAUGAUCAAAAUUGUACGUUUGAUGAUUCCAUUAUAGAUGGUAAUUGUCCUACGUUCAUAGAGGCUAUGAGUGGACUAAAUACAUUUUUACAAUGGUAUCAACGUAAAGGAGAUAGUCAAGAUGUAUUUAAUGCCUGCCAAAAAGCUAGUCAAGAGUUAGUCAGACUUGUGAUUCACAAAUAA